GCUAGUAGGCUCGUAAAAAGCCAAAGUGAGGCUAGUUGAUUUGCGGAUGCAGUCAAAUAAAUGUGUAUAGAAAAUAUUUGUUUACAGUUUCACAGAGGCAAACUACUGUUUGACAAUCAGACAGUGAAGAACUAGCGAUGCGACUGAAAUGUGAAUAUGUAUGAAACUGUACACAAAAACUGAUGUGAGUUCUGUAAAUUAGAUCGCUUUCCCACUAACGUCAGGUCAAAUGUAGUUAUAUUACACGGUUUAGUAGAUCAAGCUAGUUUUUUUAUCCUGUACUUAAUGUUUGUCUUUGUUAUACUACCACCUACUGAAAGUACAGUAUUGAUUAACCUCUGUUUAUAAAGGUUCCCACUAGUUACCACAGCCGCAAAGUAAAAAUUACCUAUAUCGUAAAAUGUUAUGAAAACACAAAUUUGCUUUUUGGUCUUAAUAUAAGGUUACGGUUAGGCAUAAGGUUAGCAGUGUAGUUAAUGUUAGGUUUAAUGUUAAGGUUUACAUUUUAAGACGAGACGUAGAAAUGGGCGGGGUUUAUGACUGGCUGUCACUCGUGACGACCGUUUCUAAAACUGUUUCAAAACUGUUACCUCAUUUCCCGGACACAAUGUCCACAAUUUCAAAACAAAGAUUACAAAUAAAAUACACAAUAUCCUAUAUUCUUGAUCGAAAUAUGUCCGGAUUACAUGCCAUGUUUUUAUUAUAGUAAAUGUCUUUAUAGGGCUGCUAGGUUUCCUUAAAGUCUGGCGCGCCUGCGCUUUGAGCCCCUCCUAUUUUAUAAAAGAAAGAAACCAGAGGAAAAUGGCUGCCUUUCUCACUUAAACCUCUGUCCUUAGAAGAAGAAAUAAAUAUCAAAUACCCGGCGCAUAAUGUCAUCCAGGAUCAAGUUCAUAUCCAUGGAAUAUAAAGGCGUAGAAUACAUGCGUUUUUAGGAUGUUAUGGAAUGGAAAAUCGGUUUCAUAUUUAACCCUUUGCAUUCUAUGAUCCGCCUACAAAUGAGAAAAUGAUGCACCAAGUCACUGGCAGCAGCAAUGACUAUUGCAUGAGUGGCCUUGCAGAGGAAUGUCAACACCCAACCACCCACUUUGACUUAUGUAGCUCGCAAUCCAACAAAUUCUACCCUUCGCCUCCACCCCCUACUCUACAGCUGCCCCACCCAAACUUGCACAAGCCCAUGCCCUGUCAAAUGCAACAAGAGACCCAGAAUGAGUUCCACCCUCAGACAGUGAGGAUCCGAGGGCCCAGUGAAGCUCCAACUGGGACAGAGAGCUCCAAGAAAAAGAAAGGAGGCGUCGUCAAGUCUGGCCGUAGAGGGAGACCCUCGGGGACCACGAAGUCAGCCGGUUACCGGACAAGCACUGGGCGUCCGUUGGGGACCACGAAAGCUGCGGGGUUCAAGACCAGUCCCGGCAGGCCUCUGGGUACGACCAAAGCGGCAGGCUACAAGGUUAGUCCUGGCAGGCCUCCUGGUAGCAUCAAGACUCUGGCUCGGCUCAAGAAACUGGAGUACGGGAGCUGUGAUGGUACCAAGAAACUAGGCUUCAGUAACUGCGUCGGCGGAGCCAAGAAACUGGACUAUGCCAGCUGUGAUGGUACCAAGAAAUUGGACUAUGCCAGCUUCGAAGUGGCACCUUUCCCUUACAACCUGAUGCAGAAACGAGGCUUGCGUGAGCCUACUGGCAAAGUGGAGGAACCUAACGAGUAGUUAUGCCUGCGUCUCUCUAUUGCCUGGAAAUCAUAUUUGAGUGCUUGUCCUAAAGGGUGUUGAUGACCAGCAGGGACUCAUGUAGCCAAAAUAUUGGUUGACUUUUGGAUAUGUCUGGCACUGGUUACUAACGAAUGGCUCCUCCUCUCUUCAUUGCACUCUGCUGAUAUUGUCACCAUGUAAUCUGUCCCUAUCCAAAGACUGAAAUCGCUCUUUUUUUCAAUAAGUUUGUUAUCUUAUUUUACAGAAAUUGCAUGAUAAAGCAUAUAAUAAAUACAAUCAAUAUACUUUAGCUAAACAGGAAUGAGAAAUAGCCUACUAUUCGUCAUAAUCUAGUCAAAUGCUCGCUGUCUGGAGAAGGGUUGAUGUUUUGUUUAAAUGUUUAAAUAUCUGACUUUCAUUCAUCUGUUUAUUUUAUGCUCUGAUAUAAUGUGCUUUUAUCAUUAGUAGUUUGCUUGUCCUCCUGAUGUUUUCCACAUUGAAAAUGCAUCUGAGUAGAAAACAACACAAAACACACUAGCAAAACAUGAAUCUUAGUAGGAAACAACACAAAACACACUAGCAAAACAUGAAUCUUAAGCAUCUCCCAGAGUGCGUGUGGCAGUGUUUGUGUCUUUUUGUGUUGUAUGGUAUAACAUAUUUUUUAUUUGUAUUUAUACAUAGCAUAUUUAUACACAGGAUUUCAUGCAAUAUAACAUUGUUACAACAUGUUUUUUGAAAUUGUGCUUGAACUUUUGGGCCUCCCGAGUGGCACAGCGGUCUAAGGCACUCCACCACAGUGCUAGAGGCGUCACUUCAGACCCGAGUUCGAUCCCGGGCUGUAUCACAACCGGCUGUGAUUGGGAGUCCCAUAGGGUGGUGCACAAUUGGCCCAGCGUCGUCCAAGUUAGGGGAGAUUUUGGCCGGGGUAGGCCGUCAUUGUAAAUAAGAAUUUGUUCUUAACGGACUUGCCUAGUUAAAUAAAGAUUACAAAAAAUAAAAAAUAAACUGACACGAACACAGUGCAUCUGAAAACAUCUCAUAAUACUUAUUUGACGACAAAGGAAUUGUUAUUUCUAACUCUUUGUGAAUAUUAAUGGUUUUGUCUUCUCAAUGUACUGUAUUAUUCUUUGUUCUCACAAGUUAACUAUCAAUUGAUUAAAGCAAACCCAGAAUGGUG